AUGAAGCUUCUAAAGAAGAUCCGCCGAAUCGCCAGCUCAAAGAGAGACGGCCUUUCAGGGACAAACAACCUGCCGCCGAUCACCUUCCACCCCAUUCACGGCGACAACAUUCGCAUCACCGGCAAUGGGACCAUCGCCACCCGAGUGGGCAGCUUCUGCAAGGGCAUCUGCUUCAGCAAUCGACCCAUUCAAGUGAACGAGCGCGUCUGCAUUCGCUUCAUAGAUAUGUCCUCCCUCUGGAGUGGCCUGCUGCGCUUCGGCUUCACCACCAAAGACCCGGGCACUUUUCGCAACUCACUGCCAAAGUACGCCUGUCCUGAUCUCACCAACAGCGGACACACCUACGCAAAGGCUCUCCCGGAGAGGUACGCGCAGAAGAACAAUGUGCUGCACUUUUACGUGAGCAGCGCCGGGAACGUCCACUUUGGCAUCAACGGCGAAGAGAAGGGCGUCAUUCUCUCCAAUCUCAAACUGAACGGUCCUCUCUGGGCGCUGAUUGACGUCUACGGCAACACCACCAAGAUUGAGUUUGUCGACCCUCGUUGCCACCUGAACAACCGAGCAGUGGCGAACAACAACACUCGAGCCUACGAAAGUGAACGCCUCUACUCCUCCGUCUCCAUGGUCGACCUGCCUGAUGAGCUGUACCGCGAGCCGUCGCCGCAAAUCUACGCCUCAAAGUACCUCGAGCCGAUGCAGCUGCACAGCACCCGAGGCUGCAACAUUCGCCUGUCCAGUAACAAGUGCAUAGCGGAACGCAAUAGCAAGUACUACAGCCAGGGGUACGUCUUCAGUGGGCGGCCACUGGGCGUCGGUGAGAAGCUAGUCCUCCAGGUGCUCAAGACCGAUGAGCUGUACGCGGGCAGUCUCGCCUUCGGGCUGACCACCUGCGACCCCUCGUACCUGAACCUCGCCGACCUGCCCGACGACUCGCACCAGCUGCUCGACCGUCCUGAGUACUGGGUGGUCAUCAAGGAUGUGGCCAGUAAGCCCAUGGCCGGCGAUGAAAUUGCCUUCUCGGUGACCGCCUCGGGUGAGGUGCAGAUGACCAAGAACCGACAGAGGCCGAUCACGCUGAUGCACGUCGACAUCUCCCAGCCACUCUGGGGAUUCUUCGACCUCUUUGGAAGCACACUCAAAGUGCGCCUCCUAGGCACGCAGUUCAGCAAGUCCUCUGGCAGUGCUCAUCAGUGCAGAGUGCCUCGAGCAGCAUCAAUGAUGCCCACACCUAGUCCCCUCCAGCCCCCUCGACCUCUGAUGCACUCCAUGUCCAUGCACAACAUGCACAAGAUGCACCAGCAGACGCCGCUGUACGCUUCCAACGGUGGCUACAAGCGCAGUUCAGCGUACCAGCAGGCACCAGGAGGAGGGUGCAGUGAGAAGCGAGUCAACCUGGAGAAGACGUACCAGCACAACAAUGCUCUCAACAGCAGCAUCUACCAACACCACCAGACGAUGGAGGCUAGCCCAGCGAUCAAGUCUUCCAGUAGCAACUCAGGUUCAUUGAAUUCAAUGGUCAACGAAUGCUUAGUGUGCUAUGAGAAGCCCAUCAACAGCGUGCUCUACACGUGUGGUCACGUCUGCAUGUGCUACGACUGCUCCAUCAAACAGUGGAACACCUCGGGGCACUGUCCCAUCUGCAGAGCGCGCAUUCACGAUGUCAUUCGAACUUACUGGUCAUAA